AUGGCUGAUGUCGACGAUGGAGCCCUGAUACCUCAUGAUGAUGAAAACACAUUGGACAAAGCAUCACCUGAGCCUACCAUACAGAUCCCUCAUUGUCCACCAUGCACAUCUAUCCAGCAUCGCCCAGUCAUACCCCCCCUUGAUACAACCCAACAAGGCCUUUUCAUUUCGCUCAACUCUCCAGAAUCGAAUGACCACGGGACAAAAAUUCCCCUUGUCAUCUACAAUCUCCUCUGUUCUCGCAAGCGGCUGCAUGAUGUGAUGGCCGAGUUUACAAUGAAGAUGAGCCAGGCAUCAGACACCCUUAUUCAGCACAUCCAGGAAUCAUCAGUAACUGAGGCCGACCACAAGCGCAUGAAGAUGGAGACCAAAAUUGCUGCUAGGGAACUCAAGGCUCAUGAAAGUCGAGAUGAGCAUGAACACUUGUUGUGCACUGCUUUGGCAACUCAGAUUCAUGAGCUUGCAAUGGCAGAUCAGCGGACAAAGCAGCUUGAGUUGGAGGUCAAACUCGAGCAAAUCAAGUUGGAUUGCUUGGCUCUGGAGAAGGAGAAGGAGAAGGAGAAGGGGGAGAGCUCUUGUUAG